AUGUCACACCAAUCCACCGUCUUCAAUGUGCCUCCGGGCUCGCAGAGCGUCCAGGUUCGCAUACUCGACUCUACCACCCGAAUUGGCAAUAUAGCGGUGGAAUUUCUAAUGGAGCCUCCCAUGGAAUCUAUGAAACACAUGCCCAUUUUGCCUUCCUGGUCGUUCUUGAUCGAGCAUCCAUCGGGUCAGAAAGUUCUCUAUGACCUUGGUGUUCCUCGAGACUGGCACAAAUUUGCACCAGUAGUCGCUGAACGCCUCAAAGAAAGUGGAUGGAAAAUUGAAGUUGAGGAAGAGGUGAUCGAAAUUCUUGAGAAAGGCGGAAUUGCCGCAAGCGAAAUCUCAAGUAUCAUUUGGAGCCACUGGCACUGGGACCAUAUUGGGGAUCCCUCGAAAUUUCCUGGCUCCACUGAGCUAGUUGUUGGGCCUGGUUUCAAGACUGAGUUUCUUCCUGGAUAUCCAGCGAAGCCAGAUUCAUGUGUCCGCCUGAGUGACUUUGCGUAA